GGGGAGCUUCCUAGAGAGCCCCGGAAGUGGCUCCCGUUCCCACCGCCGCUUACAGAGUCCCAGGACCUUGUGUCUGGAGAUAAGUUCCUGUGUCCCAGUUUGGGGAUCUUCGGCGUCACGGUGGGAUGCAGAGGAUGCCCCCUGCAAAGGCCCAGAUUACAGGAGACAUUGUACAGCUGCAUCUUGGGGUGUCCUGAACCCCUGGGCAUGGGGGAAGGAGGAGGAAACGGAUCCCUAGCGAUCUCUUCUCUGCCCUGAACCCUGUGACCAUGCGAGGCUCUCAACUACCUUGAGCCGCGAGGACUGGCCCCGCUCAGGAUGGCCAGAGAGUCCAGGGGAAGCUCGGGCCGCUCCACCGAGGACCAGAUGGAGCUCCUGGUGAUCAAGGUGGAGGAGGACGAGGCGUCCCCGCUGGCCGAGGACGAGGCGGCCCGGUGGCUGGGCAGCCCGGGCCCCGACCGCUCCCGCCAGCGCUUCCGCGCCUUCCGCUACCCCGAGGCCGCGGGGCCCCGGCAGGCGCUGAGCCGCCUCCGCGAGCUCUGCCGCCAGUGGCUGCGGCCCGACGUGCACAGCAAGGAGCAGAUCCUGGAGCUGCUGGUGCUCGAGCAGUUCCUGAGCAUCCUGCCCGGGGACCUGCAGAGCUGGGUGCGCGAGCAGCACCCCGACAGCGGCGACGAGGUGGUGAUGCUGCUGGAGUAUCUGGAGACGCAGCUGGACGGGCCAGCGCAGGUCUCAACUGGUGACCAGAGACAGGAACUGCUCUUCUGCAAGGUGGCCCUGUUGGCUCCGGCCCAGGCCUCACAAAGUAGCCAUCCCCAACCAGUGAAGCCACUUCUCAAGCAGGAAUCUCAUGAGUCUCUGGGAUUCCAGUCCUCACAGGUCAGAGUUCUCCAGAUUCCUGGGCUUUCUGAGGGAGGUACAGGCAGAGAAGAUGCCACAGUAGCUGCCAGGCCUGCCCCACAGCCCCAGGGUUUGCUGAAAACGGAAGAUGUGGCCCCGACCCUCUCCCCUGGGCGGACACAGCAGGAUUCAUCUCAGAUGACCCUAUACAGAGAUGAUAGACAGGAGAGCUGUGGCAGCCUGAUUUACCUGGGUCAGGAGAUGCAGACUGAGACCCGGGACUUGCCUUCAGCUGAGGACCAGCCAGGACAAGAGCCUGGGCAGACCCCACACCACCCGGCUGACCACACUGCCCAGAGUAGUGCACGUGUGGAAGGAGACAGGCUACAGGGAAAGCAGAGAAAGUCCCCGGGGAGUAGGCGGCACUACUGCCAUGAAUGUGGAAAGAGUUUUGCACAAAGUUCAGGCCUGACCAAGCACAGAAGGAUCCACACUGGAGAGAAGCCUUACGAAUGUGAGGGCUGUGGGAAGACCUUCAUAGGGAGCUCCGCCCUCGUCAUUCAUCAGAGGGUUCACACUGGUGAGAAGCCAUAUGAGUGUGAAAAAUGUGGCAAGGUCUUCAGUCACAGCUCAAAUCUUAUCAAACACCAAAGGACCCACACUGGGGAGAAGCCCUACGAGUGUGAAGACUGUGGGAAGACCUUCACACAGCGCUGCAGCCUCCUUGAGCAUCACAAAAUCCACACUGGGGAGAAACCCUACCAGUGCACCACGUGUGGCAAAGCCUUUCGGCGCAGCUCCCACCUCCUGAGACACCAGAGGACCCAUGGUGACAAGAAUGAUCAGGACCCUGAGCAUGGAGAGGCUGGGAAAGGUCAAGGCAGAUUGGAGGGCCAGUGGGAACACACUGAGGUUCCGGUGACUUACCAGUGCAACGAGUGUGAGAGGUGUUUCACUUGGAAUCGAAGCCUUAUUGAGCAUCAGAAAAUCCACACUGGGGAGAAACCCUACGAGUGUGGUGCUUGUGGGAAAGGCUUCACCCGAACUUCAUACCUCAUUCAACAUCAGAGAAGCCAUGUAGGGAAAAAGAUUCUGUCACCGUGAUCUGUACCAUGCAUGCCAAAGUUGGUGCUCAUGUUUUAUGGAACUGGAGUCACCCUUGAGCCCUUCCUGACUGCAGAAGAUUGGAGCACAACUUACUAGUGAGAAGAGCUGGGAAUGUCACCUGGGUGAGGAAGGACCUGAAGGGUGUUGUUCCCGCCCGCUAGGCCUGUGUGGCUUCCUGGAGCCCUUACUGUCAGCCAGCACUUUUUUCUCAUAGAUGGAUGGCUUGGAUUUAUUUUUCCAACAUCAAACUUUAUGGGUUGGUUGGGUCCAUGAGUGACCUGCCCCCCACAACAUUGUGCCUUGAAUAUAGGUGCUAGUAAACAUUUACUAGAUGUACCCAUGAAACGACCUUCAUAGCUCUGAAACUCUGUGUCUAGAUUUCUGAGCAAUUUCUAAUGAAGGCCAUUUGUAUGUGUCUAAUUCUCUAAGGUUUCAUAUUCUGGGUCAAUCUAAUGUAUUUGUGCCAAGUACACAGUGUUGCACAUUUGGGAUGGGGGAACUCAUAUUUCUUUGUGACAAGGAUAGUACUUACAGUAAGAAUGCUUUAAACUGCUUCUUUUUAAAAAAUCAUUAUAUGUGUGUGUGUGUGUGUGUGUGUAUAUAUAUAUAUAAUAUAUAUAUAUAUAUAAUUUAAAUAUUUUAUUUUUAUUUGUUUAUGAGUGGGGAGAAGUGGAUAGAGAGGAAAUGGACCCUGCAAAUGAACUCCCGAUGCAUAUUUAUUUGAGAAAGUAUGGCUAUACACCAGGGACUCCUGCCAUUGCAAACAAACUCCAGAUGCAUGCACCACUCUGUGUGUCUAGCAUGGGUGCCGAAGAGUCAAACCCAGCUAACAAGCUUUACAAGCAAGCAUCUUUAACCACUGAGCCAUCUCUCCAACCGCCUUAAACAGCUUCUUAAUCAUUAAGGCCCAGGGAGAUUGCCCACCCAUAAAACUCCAUUCACUGUGCAUUCAGUUUUCUGUUCACUAAAGAGAAAGCUUUCAUAGGUAAAUAAAAGUUGAUUUGA